UUUUGAUCCUGUGAUUGGUCCAUUUCAAAAGCCUAAGCGCGAAGUUGGUGUCUGAUCCGAGCAAGAUGUUUUCCCAAGUUUGACUGUCGGAUUUCUGAAAAAAGGCACCAAGAUGGCGGGGAAGAAGAGGUUGUUUUCGGAGAUCAUGGGUCCACCAGAAAAUGUUGAGGACACAAAAGAAUCGGAUGUGAUAUUUGAAGAUGCCAAAAAGAACCUGUUGGAUACUUUUUCAAAAAGUCAGACUGUGCCUGCAGACUCUGCGUCAGACCACAUGAAAGUGUACCUGCGAGUCCGUCCAUUCUCAGUGGAAGAAAAAGACAAAGACGAGGACCAGAAAUGUUUGAAGUUGGAAACUGACCAGUCUGUGGUAGCACAUGCACCCAAAGAUUCCCACACCUUCAAGAACUAUACACACGGGUUGGGGAAGACCAAUUACAAGUUCACCUUUUCCAAGAUCUUCAGUCAGGAUACGACCCAGAAGGAAUUCUUUGAUGAGACAAUGCUUGGUCUGGCAAGAGACUUCAUUGAUGGCCAGAACUGCCUUGUUUUUACCUAUGGUGUCACCAGCUCUGGCAAGACAUACACAAUACAAGGCAAGCCCCAUGAUGCUGGUCUGUUGCCGCGAGCCUUGGAUGUGCUGUUCAACAGCAUCAGUGGCAAACAGUGGCCGGGCAUGGACCUCAAGCCCAAGAUGUUCACAGAUGUGAGGAAACUCACUCCUGAAGAAGAGGAGAAGGAACGACGGAUCAAAGAGAAGACGCUGCGCAUGUGUAGUGAUGAUGACUGCACUGUGAUGACCCUGCUUGGGGAAGAUGCUUCGGACAUCUCCCAGGGCAACACCACCACCGCUUCCGAGGGUUCAAAUGUUUCAGCAGUCACAGAUCACCACAAAGACUCUGUAGAUGGUGACCUGUUUGCGGAGCUGGAGAACCGUGUGAGGGAAGAGGCAGCCAUCAACGUGGAAGAUCAGGGGCAGAUCAAGUUCCUGGUGUGGGUCAGUUUUGCUGAGAUCUACAAUGAACAGAUCUUUGAUCUGCUGGAACAAAUUCCCAAGAAGAAAAAUGCAAGACGACAGGUUCUAAAACUGAGUGAGGAUGGAAAUGGAAGUCCUUACAUUAAAGGUUUGAAGGAGAUCAAUGUGACCAAUGCUGAUGAGGCCUACAAGCUGUUGACCAUUGGGCAGAAGAAUCUCAGAACAGCAUGCACCAAACUUAAUCAUAAUUCAUCAAGAAGUCAUUGUAUUUUUAACAUCAAGAUUCUGCGGGUUGCGGACACCAAAAAGCCUCACGUUGCACGAGUCAGCAUGCUUUCUCUGUGUGAUCUUGCGGGGUCGGAGAGACAGUCCAAGACACAUUCUGGAGGGGACAGGCUGAAGGAGGCUGGCAACAUCAACACAUCUCUCAUGACACUCGGGAGAUGCAUCGAGCUGCUCCGAUAUAACCAGACACACAAAGAAAAUCCACGGAUGGUGCCAUUCCGGGACAGUAAACUCACACGGCUCUUUCAGAAUUUUUUCUCGGGUCGUGGCAAGGCUGCUAUGAUCGUCAAUGUCAACCAGUGUGCCAGCAUGUUUGAUGAAACCCUCAAUGUGUUCAAGUUUUCUGCCAUUGCCAAACAGGUGGUAGUUGUACAGAAGCCGGAGCCAAAGCCGAAGGUACAACGAGUGCAUGCAAAGAAGGAGCCAGCUGGGAUGAGGCCCUCCAUUCCGUGGGCGUCACCAGGCACCAUGAUGAAGUACAGCACACUGAACACCCUGGAGGUGACGGAGGACAACGAUGAGGACGAGGAGCUGGACACCAGCAUGAGUCAGGUCGAUGAGCUGCUGAACAUCAUAGAGCAUCUGCAGCAUGACCUGCAAAACGAGAAAAACAACAAGAUCAGACAUGAAGCCAAGAUCCGUGAGGAAGUGUGCAAGGAGAUGAUGACUCAGCUGGUGCAGAUAGAGAAUGACUACAGUGAGCGCAUCCGAGAGAAGGACAUCUUGGCCGAGGAGAUGGUGGAACAGAGGGUGAAGAUCCUGAUGGCACACCAGCCACCGAGUAAACGACCUCGACAAGACAAGAUGAUAGACGAUGAGGAUGAAUGGGUCUCCAGCAUGUUGCUGCAUGCAGAGCAGGUCAAGGUCAAGGAGAAGGACGAAGAAAUAAAGAAACUGAAAGGUGAAAUACAUCGCCUUAAGAAUGACGUGAUGAAAGUGAGCAAGUCUCAAGAGGGUGUGACGAAGGAGAGAACUGCCUGUGAGUUUGCCCUGGCCGACAAGACCCGACUCAUCCAGGACAUCAAGGCAGAGAAGACAAAGGCAGUCAGUGAGCUACAGACGGUACAGAAUGAGUUAGACAUCACCAAGGAAUCUGUGUCAGCGCUACAGAAACAGCUCAGACAGAACAAACGGGAGAGUGUGGAGUACUCUCUUCAGAAAGAUUUAGAUGUUGCCAAAGGAACCAUUGAGGAGUUGCAGGACCAACUCAAACAGGCGUUGGCUUCAAGCUCGGAUGUUGGACAAUCAGUUCUGCUGGAGACUCUCAGCCAGCAGCUGCAGGCAGCAAAGGAGAUCCAGAAGAAGCAGGAGCAUGAGAUAACCGAGCUGAACGAGAUGCUGACAGAGGCUGGCGAGACUUUCCAGCAGAAGGAGGCUGAGAUUGACAAGCUGAAGAUGGCCCUGGUCGAGGAUGAGGACAAGAUUAGUCAGCAGGCUGACAUCAUAGAGAAGUUGCAGCAGGCUCUACAAGAUAGCAAACAGGCCAUGGAAGACACGGAGUUGCGACUACAACGCAAGAAUGAGAGAAUCACCACCCUUGUCGAUGAACACAGCCAGAUACAAGGUGAAAAUGAUGAGCUUGUGAAGAAAGUUGAAGAACUACAGGCUCUGCUUGACUCCAGCACCUCUGAAGGUGGUAGCCAUGAAUCAGAUAUCAGUGUCCUUCUGGCCAAGAAAGAUGCCGAAGUUGACACAUUGAAGGCAAGACUGAAGAGGGAGGAAGACGAUGCCACUAAACGUGACCAGGCACUCAUCCAUGGUUACAAUGCAGAAAUAGCCUCAUAUAAAGCCCAGAUGACUGAACUGAAGGCACAACUCCGAGAAUCCAGAGGAUUAUCACCACAGAAGUCUCCAAGGAAGACACCCAAAAAGACACCACAGAAGAAAACAGAAGAUGAUCAGGGCUUCAAGAACCAUCUUCUUCGUCAGAUCAAAGACCUGCAGGAUGAGCUGGACAAGAACAGCUUGGCCGUGUGUGAGUUGACCCAGACUCUGGACAUUGCACAUGAAUCAGUGUCUGACCUUGAGAAGAAGCUGGAGGUGGAGUGUGGUCAUCAUGUGGAGACGAAGAUCAUUGUGACGGAGCUGAAGGCGGAGCUAAAAACAACUCUGAAGGAGAAGGAAGACAUGAUGAAGGAACUUACUGAAAGCUCUGUAAAUGUGAAAAUGGAGAAAGAGGAACUUGUCCAGGAAAUGAAAGAGAAGAAAGAAAGUGUGAUACAGCUUACUAGCUCUCUGGAAGUAGUUAAAUCAAAACUUCAAACAGUAACAGAGCAGAAAGACUCGUUAUCUUUGGAGAAGGAAAACUUACUUGAAGUUGUUGCAGCAAAGGACUCACUAAUUGUUGGCCAUGUGGAAGGGAAGGAAUCUAUGGUUGAGAAAGUCAAGGAAUUGGAUCAUGAAUUAAAGCAGAAAAUUGAAGAGAUUGAAAAGCUGGAGCAGUCUGUUGAGGAACUUGAAAUGGUGAACUCCGAACUGAAGCAGAUGCUGAAUGCCUCCACAGAUAAGCAAGAGAAGAUGCUUGUGCAGAAGUUGUCGGACAUGGAGGAGGAAAAGCAGAAUAAACUAAUUGCUCAGCGGAAACAGUUGGAACAGGUAAUUUCUGAAAAAGACCAGGAGCUAAAUCGUAUGCAAAAUCAGUUGUCUGCCAUGAAAAAAGAACUUAAUGAGUUGAACAUGCAGAAAGAGAAAGAUGCUCAAAAGACUGAAGACAUGCUGGCAGCUCAGAGGGAAGAGGUCAGUGGAAUUAUGACACAGAAGGAUGGAGAACUGAAAAGCAAAGUGGACAAGAUAAGUGAACUUGUAGCAGAGAUUGAAGCUUUGAAGAAAGACACAGUUGAAAGAAGUGCUAGUUGUCAGAAUGUUGAGGACAUGAUGGUAAACCUAAAGGCGGACCUGGAGUCAAGAGAAAAUGUGAUAGAGGAUUUGAAAAAGAAGACUGAUUCAUCAGAGACAGAAGUGUCAGAACUGAAGGGACAACUUCAGAAGAUGGCAAAUGAGAAUAAGGAUCUAACUUCAUCCCUCAAAGAAAUGAAGUCAUCACAAGAGUUGAAAGAUGCUGAACAUGAAGCAACUCUGUUGCAAGUGAGAGGUGAAUUAGACGAUGCUCGGCAACAACUCGGGGACAGAGAGAAGGUUGUGGAGGAAAUGGAACACCAAACUUUAGACAUACAAGAUGCUGUGAAGGCUCAAGGUGAGCAAAUCAGGACUAUUCAGAAGUGUCUGGAUGAGAAGACUGCCGAGACAUCAGUGCUAGAGAAGAGACUACUUGAGGCCAAGGAGGCUCUGAGUCAGAAGGAUGAGGAAAUCUUUUCCAUGUCUGAAACAAUGGUGAGUCAUGAAGAAAAGUCAAAGCAGCAACUCAAGGAUAUGAAGAUACAAAUAUCCGAACUUCAGACUGAACUGAGCGCUAAAGAACAUGAACUGGAACUGGUUCGUCAGUCCUAUAAAAACAUGCAGGAACAAAUCAUAUCAAAUGAUGCAAAGCUGUCCCAGCUCAGUGAGGCAUCGAUAGACAUUGCAGAACUUAAGUCAGCUUUACACAUGGAGAAGACUCUUCACUUGAAGUAUAAGGAUGACCUGCAUAAUGCAGAGGAAGAACAGGAAGAGAUGAAAGCUCGCUUAAAACAGUGUCAAGAUGACCUGAAAGGAUCUGAGAAAACAAGGGGUGAAACAGAAACGGCCCUCAAACAAUGCCAAGUUGACCUGAAAAGCGCAGAGACAGCUAGAGUGGAAGCGGAGAACUGCCUGAUGGAGAAACAAAGUGCCCUGAAGGAAGUGCAAACUGACCUGAUUGAGAAACAAAGUGCUCUGAAGGAUGCUGAGGAAAAGAAGAAGGUAAUGGAGGUCGACUUGAAACAACUCCAGGAUGAGGUGGAACAGUCACAGAAUGGGAAACAGACUCUGGAUGAAGAGAUGAAGGUGGCUGAGGAAGAAAUUCAAAAGGAAAAAAAAGAGUGUGACCAAUUGAAAGAAACCCUUCAAAUUUGUGAGAAAGACUUGAGAGCGGUUAGGUUGGAGAAGAAUGGUCUGGAAGAGAAAAUGAAGUCAAUGGAAGUCAGAAACGAGCAGCUACAGAAUGAGUUACAGUCUGCUAAAGAGAAGGGCGAGCAGUUAAAGAUGGAGCUAGCUUCAGUUAAGGAGAAGGUAGCUAGUCUGGAAAAGGAAGUUCUAAGACUAAGUAGUCAAGUCAGAGACAAAUGUGACUCAGUGUGUUCGAACUCCACAACAAAGACUGUCACAAAUGACCAAACAUCUUCUGAUAUUCUGAUGGAACUUGAUGAAGAACGCAAGAAGAACCAGGAGAUGCAGCAUCUGGUGGGAUCCAUGAAAACAGAUGAUGACCUUGCCCCUGGUAGUGCUCGCAGGCUCAGAAAGGAGAAGAUUGAGGUUGAGUGUGCGUUGGUGAACGCCAAGUACGAGAUCAAAGGGUUGAAGAGACAAAUUGAGCGGAGUCAAGGAGGGAAUAUUGUGUUAAGUCCAACUAAGACAACUGACAGAGAUCUGGUUAGGAGGUUAGAGGACUCUGAAAAUAAAUAUGAGGCAUUGCAAAAUAAACAUGCACAGUGUGUGCAUGAGUUUAGUGAAUGUCAGUCUAAGGUUGUGACUCUUGAAGCAGAGGUGAAGAACAUUAGUUGUGAACUUACCAAGAAAAAGCAAGAACUUCACAAUCUUGACAAGUCUCUGGAAAACAGUUCCCGAGAGAGGAUGUCAUCUUCUUCAACAGCAUCGACUGACUCAUUGGUCCACGAUGAACUACAAAGGAGUCAGGAUCGAGAGAGGAAUCUCCGCCAACAGCUGCAGCAGGCUAGCAACUCCAUGAAGGAGAACAUUGAGAAGAUCUCUGAGCUGGAGGAACAACUGACAUCUACUCAGCAGACCCUUCUGGAGGCUCAGGACAUGGUCGCCAUGAUGAAGAGAGAGAAUGAGAAGCUGUCACGAGAGCAGACGACCACGAGUGACCUCAAGGAGGAGAUCAAGCAGCUGAAGCUUGACCUUGGACGGAAGACGGAGAAGCUUGAGGUCAGAAGUUUGUCCUUGAAGGACCUGAGGAGAGGCCAAGAUGCUGAGAGAGAGAAGUUUGAUGUGGUGCUUCGAGAUGCCCGGGCCAAUGAGCAUGUGAUAGAGCAGCUGAAGGUGGCGCUGACGGACCAGGAGGAGACGAUGGCCGCCCAGGACAAGGUACUCAACAACAAGGAUGCUGAGAUCAAGACACUAUCAGAGGAGCUAGAUAAGAUGACGGAGCGGUACCGAAAGAUGCUGGAUCAGCGAGGAGACUCAAGUCGGGAGUUGAGGGAUGUUAUGAAGUCGUUGACCAAGGCCGAGGUGGAGAGAGAUGAGGUGAAGCGACAGGUGGACAAACUGACAUCCGAGAAGAAUCAGAAGGACAUCAUCAUCAAAGAGAACAACCUUGAGAUUAAGGACCUGGAACGCUCCCUUGCAGAGAAGCGUCAGGGUAUCGUGGAUCUGAAGAGCUCUCAUGACAAGGAUGUUCAGAAGCAUGUGGAUGAUAAGAAGGCUGAGACGAGUGCUGUGAUAGACGACCUCAAGCUGAAGCUUAGGGAAAAAGACCGUGAUUUACGGAAGGUUGAGAAAGAAAUCCAGAAGUAUGAAGAUCAGCUGAAAGAUAUGAGGAAACAUGUUACCGACAAGGACCAUGAGAUGGAGGCAUGGCGAGAACAGCGAGACAAGCUGGUUGGCAGUCUGGAGACACUCAUGAAGCAACAGGCAGCGGAGAUCAAACAACUCAAGCAGGACAAGCAGGACAAGCAGGACAAGCAGACGGUCACCAUCAAGGAUGAGGUGCUGUCCCAGAUGGAGGAGAAGGAGUUGAAGAUCGUGGAGUUGGAGGAGAAGCUCCUCAAUCUGGAGCACAUGAUGACCCCACAGAACAAGAGCGGCAGCCGAGGUCGCAAGAGAUCCACUGUCACCUCCCACCCUGACUUGGAGCUGCUCAGGAAACAGCUGGAGCAGGAGCGUGAGGACAAGCUGGAGCUCCAGAGACAGAUGCGGCUGCUGCAGAAGGCCAGUGACCAGAUCGUGGCGGACCUCAAGUGUUCCAACAAUCGCCUACAGGUACAGGUGGCAGCACUGCAGGGAGUCCCCCCUCCCCCCAAACCCCCACGAAUGGACCCCAGCUUCGUGAAUGACAAUGAACCCACACAUGGCCACCAGGAGAUGGAUGCCACGCCCCCAAUAGCUGCCAAGGCCAUCAAGAAGUCGGGGAGGAAACGAGCGCCGGCACAAGAGGAAUCUCCUGCUCCAGAACAGACGCCUAAGUCCAAACGGGGUCGAGGUCGACCUGCUCAAGUUAAAAAAGAACCAGAGCCUCUGCCUACUGACAAUCUCAUGGCAAUAGCUGAGGAAGAGGAAGGUGGCCGGCCAUCCCGAAGAGCGAAGAAAGUCGCGAAGGGAAAGAUUGGAGACAUUGUCACUGCAAUUGCCAACUCUCCUGUCACCAGAUCAGACUGGGAAAAAAUAACACGCUUAUCGUCUAAAACAUUCGCUGCAGCUAAGAAAUUCAUAGGCACGAUGGGAGACAGCGGGGAACCUCAUACCCAGGAGCCGGAGCCAUCCAGCAAGAAGGGGAAGCGAGGGAGGAGGAAUCUAUACAAGGAGGAGGUGUCUGCACCCUUUGCUUGUGCACCUUUUGUUCCGCCGAUGUCUGAAAAGGUUGAUGUCCACAACGUCGUCCAGAGACAGCUGCGUGGGCGGAGGAAGAUGUCCCACUCCACUGACUGCUGAGGGGUCUACACCACCUGUAUAUGGCUGGGACUAUACCGUAUAGCUGGGAUAUAACUAGGACAUACCGACAGCAUGCAAACCAGAGAGCUGGUUCACAAGAAGCCAUGACAGUGCCAUAGACUUAAACCGACUCCGCUUCUUCUGCAGCAGUUGGCUUGGCCUUCACAGGAAGCAACAGGGAGUAGAGACCGUGGUAGAUGCAAGUUGUGUUGGCCUUCACAGGAAGCAACAGGGAGUAGAGACUGUGGUAGAUGCAAGUUGUGUUGACCUUCACAGGGAGUAGAGACCGUGGUAGAUGCAAGUUGUGUUGGCCUUCACAGGGAGUAGAGACUGUGGUAGAUGCAAGUUGUGUUGGCCUUCACAGGAAGCAACAGGGAGUAGAGACCGUGGUAGAUGCAAGUUGUGUUGGCCUUCACAGGAAGCAACAGGGAGUAGAGACUGUGGUAGAUGCAAGUUGUGUUGGUCUUGACAGCAAGAAGAAAUUGAAAAUGAGCCUGAUGACAGUAAGAGUGCAAGUUAAUUAAAAUCAGGCCCUUGUUCCACAGAGCGAUCUUAGCACUAGCAACUAAGCCUAUGUGAAAGUAGGGAGUUUCGAUCAUCUGUUUUUGCUUUGUAGAAUGGGUCCAUGUCUAUUACUUGUAUUCUGUAUCUGUCUGUAUUAAGAUCUGACAAACUUGAGCUAUGUCACAACAGAGGACCUCUGAGUGAACUUUGAUGGCAAACUCAAAAUGAAAGAUACGUGGGUUUAUGAGCCAAUCAAAUGUAAGCUUUCCAUAAGGAUUUGUUCACAAAUGUUCAUUUGAUAGGGCUUUCAUUGGUUGCUAAGAAAAGAAGACGGGGUGUUAAACUCUUUUCAUUAUUCUAUUCUCGAAAUAGGCAGCUAUCCUUUCCACAUUUUCACUUGUCUGUACCCAACUCUGUAACAUGAAGGUUAAAAAGAUCCAGGACAACAACAUGUAUUUACAGAUGCGAUAAAAAAUUGAGUUUUGCCAGUAAGAUAAUGUGUCCACCACAAAGGUGACCAGAAACAUGAACACUUUUGGUACUGUCCUUGUGUAGAGAUAGGCAUUGCAAAUAAGAUAUAUCUUUUUCACCUAAAGAACUUUGUCAUGUCAGUUUUAAGUAGAUGUAUUCAAAUCAAGUUUAUAACCUAUGAGGAAUUAAGUAAAUAUAUUCUGUAUAAAAUUAUUCUCUUUAUGGGGUAAUUUAAUAACUGAUUUUGUAUCUUCUUGUACAAUAUGUUUUGAAGAAUUUUACUUUUAGGAUAUCAUUAAUUACAUGUAAAAUGUGAUAGUUGUCCUUGUGAGCCAAAGAGACACGAUCACGUUUCACAAGAUGAAUACAGAAGUGUGUUGAUUUGUUGUGACAAUGCCCGUUGAAUGUAGGUGUGUGAUUGGACAGUGCUAGAUGUUGGUAGUCUGAUUGGACCAUGGUAGAUGUCGGGAGUGUGUAUAUAUGUACAUAGUGUACAGGCCAUUGUAAAUAGUGUACUGGUAUUCUGUGUUGUGUCUCUAUCUGAAGAGCUCAAGGCUAUCCUUCCAUCUGCUCAACCUCUCUCCAGCUGUAUUUUAGUUGUGCUUGGCAGGGGCCAAGCUGCAUGAGAACAUUACUUCUUCUGAUCAGCUCAAAUCUAUUCUUCUGUCUCAGCUCAAUGUCUGCCCUCAGCAUGUAAUCAAGUUAUACAAGACUGGGGUCGGAAGUGCAGAACUUCAUUGCACAACAUUAUCAGACAGGGAUGGUAGAACGUCGUCUCUUGUAAGAAUCUGAUUGGUUCUUUCAUGAAGUAGCUCUAUCAUAUUCUCAAGAAGUGGCAAGGCAUUAUAUAUAUUUUUGGCAUUAUAUAUUUUUAUUCUUUUAACAAAGCAGAUUAUGUUCCUUCGUGUUAUUUGUUUUGUUUCAAUAACUUGCAGUAACCUAGAUCAAUUUGUUCUUUAAUCACAUUGCCACAGUAGAAAGCUCUAAUAAUACUUUGGGCAGGACAAUGUUAGACCUGAUGUAUUAUUACAUGUACACAGGUGCUUGUGCAUGGUGUUGGUGUUCACAAUAUAUAAGUGGGAGUUCUCUCCCCUGGUUAGCCUUCACAUGAAUGUAAUUCACAGACAACACCAAGUCAGGUACAGAUCUGUCAGGUUAUAUCAUGCUCUGCCUGACCUCACCAAGGACCUGUGGCACACAUCCAUGGCUGUCAUUUAUGUGGAAAUAGCAGCAUUCCUGCGAAUGCGGUACCUCUAUUAUGUCAUUGCCAUACAUUUCAACAGAAGUCCUCUUCACCGUCAGCUGUACCUAAUUAGUUGUGUGGAUAAUAGUUUUCCUCCGCCAUUGCACAGGGCAUGCCCCAGGGAGAAAAACCUCACAACCUUCCAGAGAUCCUAAGAAUGGUAUAUUUGGGUGAUUAAGUGUGGCUUUGUCACUUAAAAGUAGGGGGCACGGGUGGUCCAGUCGUCUGAGGCGCCGAGAUUGGGCACGCCAGAAACCUAUGAUUGUUGGUUAGAAUUCUGGUUCGCCCCGAUUUUGUUUCUAGGUUUGUCAGCACCAUACCCGUGCUCAUGGGUUUUACCAAAGUCACUUCGGGCUUUCAUCCCACAUUAAGCAGACACGCCGUGAUAUAACUGGAAUAAUGUUAAACCCAACUCACUCACUCACUCACUAUUAAGUAUAUUUAGUGUCGUGCUGUGACGAUAGAAUCCUCCUCACCACUUGCGACUAGUGUGUGCUGGGACUGACUGUCUGUUAUUUUCAAGUAUGUUUCGUUGCGUCGACAAUGCUUUCAAGGGGAGCUGACCAAAAACGGUCGUUGACGAUAUAUUUCAUUUUUAAGAAACAAUAAAACGACAAUGAACAUGAUGGUUCUGGUAGUAGGCAACGAUGUCACUCAAAACAUAAAAUGGUGUUUAUUAGAGCAUACAUUCUUCAUGUCACGUGUCCUAGAAUGUGAGAGGUUUGUAGGAUACACGCAAGUAAAGUAAAGAAAGAUAUCUCCGAUUUUUCUGAACAUAAUUCUGAAUGAUGACAACGUUUAUGAACAGAGUUUAUCAUACGUGACCAUUUCCCCAUAACUCAUAUCGUAUUGCCCACAGCCAACCUGAAAAUAGAUACCACUCGCAGCUUAGUUUGGCGUGGCAUUGACUUGACUGUCGCCCCGCCAUCAGCUCCUGCACGCCUAUUUAACAAUAUGUUGAUAUCAGCUUUUCCCAGAGCUACAUUGUGUAGAAUAAGUAUCAAAAAGUAUCCACUGAUGCAGUGCCAAGAACAUUAUUUAUUGCUUUUGUAUUAGCAGUUUCGUUUCUUUCAUUUUAUGCUUCUUGAUCCAGAGUCCGUUUCACAAAACGGUCGCAGCGGUUCACAUGUCGUAACAACGUCGUACUUACGACAGUCGUAACGUUAAGAUUAACCGAACGGAAAUGAAUGAAUGGCAGCGAAUAAGUAUUACUAUUUGUGAUUUGGAUUGCUCAAAGAAUAUGUGCGAGCUCUUGUUGACAUGUUGCUCCAUUUGUAUGUAAAGUAUUUAAAUGCAUUUAAAAGAGAACUACUUUAAUAUUUCUUAUGAUUGCUGUUUUAUGUCAUAUGGUAUAUUAUUUAAUAUAGUAGAACGAUGUCAUUAACUGGACAAUUAUAGCGUAUGACUCGAAAUAUUUUUCUUUUCAUCGAGAAGAAAUGUCAUUCAUUACUAUGAAUCUUUUUCUCACACUUGUCUCCGACUAUUUACCCAACAACUGCUGAUCAGUGUGUUAAACUCUCCACCUGUUUCUUUCCCUCGCUUCUGUUAUAUGUAUCAUGUUCGUGUUGAAACCACCAUGAAACAAAUAAAUAAUGAAUUUAUAUAA